GUGGGACUCAAACCAGGAGCAUAAUCCAGGCUCUGAAACAAGCAUCUACUUGUGCUGAAUAACAUACAGGAAUAAUGAAGACCCUGCUUGUGACUCUCCUUCUUGCCAUGCUGUUGAUGAGUGGUUCUGCUCUGAAAUGUAACCGCUGUGUUCCGCGUUCUGGGGGCAGAUGCACUACCACCACGGAAACCUGCGGCUUUAACCACAACGCCUGUGUCUCCGGCAUGUUCACCAAAUUCCCCUUUACCUAUUUCAAGAGGUGCAUCAGUUUGACUGACUGCCUCAUCAUGCAGGGCACACCUUACAUCAGUGCCCGCUGCUGUCAGACUGACCGUUGCAACUAGGUGACAAAAAGUGGAUCACAACUGAAAUGGCAAACAAAACAUUCAUCAAGAUUUAAUAGUAAAAUCUGAUCUGCUUUUGAUCUGCUUCAAAUGGCUAAUUUUGUUAUUAUUAAAUACAUUAAACAGUAUGAGCAGAAUGUGCAUAAAUACCUAGUUGAGAGUUCCAAAUGAGCCUGUAUGAGUGUUUUAUAACUUUCAUGAAAACCUUAACUAAUUAAAAAAACACUUUCCAUUUUGCUACUACUACUGCUAUUAAUAAUAAUAGUAAUAAUGGUAAUAAUACAACCCAAUUUCCAAAAACCUUGGGACGCUGUGCAAAAUGUAAAUAAAAACAAAAUGCAAUGAUGUGCAAGUCAUUUCAAGCCUACAUUCUAUUAAAAAUAGUACAAAGAUAACAAAAAAUGUUGACACUGAGAAAUGUUAUUAUUUUUGGAAAAAUAUAUGCCCAUUUUGAAUUUGAUGCCAGCAACACAUUCUAAACAGGUUCAGUGGCAACAAAAGGCGGAUAAAUUUGUGUAAUGAUACAAAAAACACCUGAUGGUUUUAAUUGGCCACAGGUCAGUAACAUGAGUGGGUAUAAUAGGUGUAAUGAUAGGUGUUUCUGAUAAAAUGGCCAAUGGCUGUAGAUACAAGGCCAGUGUUUCUAAUAAACUGUUAACUUAGUGUAGUUUGCUUUCUUGAGAGCUGUUCUACUGAAGCUUCUUCUUGUAAAAUAUGUGAUAUACUUGUGCCCCUGCCCUCCCUUUUCUGGUAAUUGCCCAAUCAUGGAGUUUCAGGUUCUGGUUCAUUAUCUAAACUGUUUGUGGAGACAUGUGAUCAGUAGGGCUGGCUCUGGACUGAGUAAACCAUUUAAAACCAGAACAUGAAGCAGUUAGACUCAAACCAGUACCAUUAAAACUGUGAAGCAA